AGGAAAAGUAGGAAGAAGUCCAGAGUUGGCUUCCUUACGGGUUAAAGUUUGUACGGUCAUUUCUAUAUUAAUUCAUAGAUAGAUCUCUUGACAAUCACAAAGCUGCUGAGUUUGGCAAAGAGAAGACACUUGAGAAGAUAUGGUAGAUUUUCCUAAAGGCAUCAAAAGGCUCUGGAAUUUAUGGAAUAUCCGGGGUAUUCUACUCAUCAGCCUCUCCCUUCAGACCGUUUUGACAUUGUUCGCUCCUUUGAGGAGCCGAACCAACCGUGGUUUUCCCACCUCGUUGAUAUGGUCGGCCUACUUUAUUGCCGACUGGGCUCCAGUCUUUGCCGUUGGACUCAUCUCUAAUGACUCAGACCGUACCACGGAUUCAGACAAAGCCGAACUUCUGGCAUUUUGGACUCCAUUUCUGUUGUUACACCUUGGUGGCCCAGACACUAUAACAGCUUUCUCUCUUGAAGAUAAUGAACUGUGGCUUAGGCAUUUAAUUGGACUUUUUAUCCAAAUUGCUGUUGCUCUCUAUAUCUUCGUCCAAACUGUACCUGGAAAUGAGGUAUGGAUGCCAACAACCUUCAUUUUCCUUGCAGGUAUCAUCAAGUAUCACGAGAGGACACUGGCCCUCCUUCACUCGAGUUUGGAUAAUCUUCGUGAUUCUAUGAUCAAAGAUCAGGUCCCUGCCAGUCAAUACUACCAAGUAUAUGGUUCUGAAGGAAAAGUUCCUGAGAUAUUGCAUACUCCUGCGGUUGUUCCUCUACAAUCUAACGAACAAUUCAAGGCUACUCAAGCGGAUUUACCGCCAACACCUUUAAGUAAUCACGAGGUGGUGCGACAUGCUUAUAAUUUUGUCAAUGUCUUCAAGGGACUAAUCGUCGAUCUCAUCAUCCCUUCCAGACAGUUCAAAAAGAGCCGAAAAUUCAUCUGUGAAAGAGCAGAAGAAGAUACUCUGAGGCUAUUGGAGGUUGAACUCCACUUCAUUUACCAAGUUCUCUACACUAAGGUCCAAAUCAUACGUUCAAUAAGAGGAGUCAUUUACAGGUUGAUAUCCUUCUGCGCAAUCGUGGCAGCCUUUGCAAGUUUUCAUUUCCGAGUAAACAAGAACAACUUUCACAAGGUUGAUGCCAAAAUAACAUACACUUUGCUCUGGGGCGCCGUGGUUCAGGAUAUUAUAUCUUUGUUCAAGGCCGUGUUCUCUGAUUGGACAGUAGCUUCUUUCCGUGGGCGUUCAGCUAAUAUCCUCAGUCGCUUCUUUGAUCUCAGGAAGCCAAAGUGGCGUGAAUGUGAAACAGAGCAUUUUGUCAGGCGCAAAGUGUUGGCUACACCAGUUAUUUUUCGUAGGUGGUCUGGUUAUGUGUCGGGAUACAGCUUAAUAAGAUAUUGCUUGAAAGCACGUUCACAGAGGAUCCACAAAGUCCAGAGUCGUUUGCAACUUUUAAUUAGUGGUGUCACCCAAACUUGUCCCAUUCGGGAGGUCAUAAAGGGUACAAAAAUCAGCUUCUAUAAGGUUUUUCACAUUUUCCGCCUUGAAAAGGUGAUCAAUCUUUUCAUUAAUUUGUAUCGCCUUGAGGAUUCGGUUGACGAGAUGUUAUAUAAGUCCAGAGAACCAUUGAGUUUAGAGCUGUGGCAAUUCAUUCUCCGUGAAUUGAAAAGCAAAGCCAUGCAGGCAAAGGAUCGGAAAAUCGCCACAAAGAUGAACUCUGCUAGAGGCGGUUGGGUUCUCCAAGAUAGAGCUCACUUAUUGCCAUACGUUGAAGAUGUUUCCUUUGAAGAGAGUCUUUUGAUGUGGCAUGUUGCCACUGAUCUCUGCUACCAUGCUGAUCUUCAAAACCAGAUGCAACAAUUUGAUUACGACCAUUUAAAUUUUAGUCAAAGAAAUCCGCAUUGUUUGAUGCAGCAAGGCUGGCAAAGAUGCUGCAAGAUCUUGGGGGAUAUAGAUGGAAGGUGAUUAGUGCAGUGUGGGUGGAAAUGUUGUCUUAUGCUGCAAGUCGUUGCCCGGUAAAAAGCCAUGCUGAGCUUUUAAGUAAAGGUGGAGAGCUUAUAACUUUUGUCUGGUUAUUAAUGGCUCAUUUGGGAUUGG